GAAAAUCUGCAAAUGGACAAAGAAACAGUAACAACAACUACAAGUGAAUCAGAAGCGAAGAAACAGGACCUACUCUCUUUCUCUACCCUUCUCUGCCUCUGCUUCUUCUUUUUUUUAGCUCUGCACCAACAACCGCUGAAGCAGCAAAAACAACUGGCUGAGCAAACAAGAAUAGUUACAACCUUUCAUCUGUAAAGAACGUUUAAGAAGAGGAACAGAGACAUGGGUAUUUUACACGACGACGUGGUGAUCAUCAGUCAAUCAGAGAAAGAAAGAGACCUCAGCGUCAUUACCGUUAAUUGCCCUGAUAAGACUGGUCUUGGUAGUGAUUUGUGUCGCAUCAUACUCUUCUUUGGCCUUAAUAUCGUUAAAGGAGAUUUAUCUACGGAUGGUAAAUGGUGUUACAUAGUGUUUUGGGUUGCUGGCAAUUCAUCAACUAGAUGGGGCCUUUUGAAGAAGAGAUUAUUAGGGGUUUGCCCUUCUUGCUCUUCAGCUUCUGGGAUUUCGUAUUAUCGUUCAGAAUUGCAGCAGCCUCCAAGGCCUCCUGAUGUUUUUCUAUUGAAGUUAUGCUGUCAUGACCGAAGAGGGCUUUUACACAAUGUGACUGAGGUGCUGUGUGAGCUUGAACUCAUUAUAAAAAAAGUGAAGGUAUCCACAACACCAGAUGGGAGGGUGAUGGACCUAUUCUUCGUUACAGACACCAGGGAGCUUCUACAUACAAAUAGGAGAAAGGAGGAUACAUAUGAUCACUUAAAAGCUGUUAUGGGAGAUGCCAUGAUAAGCUGUGACAUAGAAAUGGUUGGCCCUGAAAUUACUGCAUGUUCGCAGGGAUCUUCAUUUCUUCCAACUACAAUCACAGACGACAUGCUUCACUUAGAAAUUCCUGAUGAACUCCCAAGUUCACUAACUUCCGCCAGUGUUUCUGUGACAAUGGACAAUUUACUGAGUCCUGCUCAUACACUUGUUCAAAUUGCAUGCCAAGAUCACAAAGGUCUUCUUUAUGACAUAAUGAGAACUUUGAAGGAUUACAAUAUACAGAUUUCUUAUGGACGCUUCACUAUAAAAGAAAGUAGGAACUGUGAGAUUGACUUGUUUGUUCAAGCUGAUGGGAAGAAAGUCGUUGACCCUAACAAACAGAAAGCAUUGUCUUCUCGUCUGGAGAUGGAAUUACUACGCCCUCUCAGAGUAGCUGUUGUUAGCCGCGGUCCUGACACAGAGCUACUAGUGGCAAAUCCUGUUGAGUUAUCUGGCAAGGGCAGACCUCUUGUGUUUCAUGAUAUCACACUUGCUCUCAAGAUGCUUAAGACUUGCAUUUUUUCGGCUGAGAUUAGGAGGCGCAUGAUUGGAGAUCGUGAAUUUGAAGUGUACAGAGUCUUGCUUGAUGAAGGGGAAAGUUUGCGCAUCCCAAGAAGCAAAAUAGAGGAAGCAGUUUGGAAUAUGCUAAUGGGUUGGGACUGAUAAAUGAUUUUAGCAUCAUUCUUUUUAGAUGGCCAUGGUCUCCUGUACAGAUUACUUCUCCCUAUCAAAAUUUGUAUGUGAUGUAAAUUAUGGAUCAUAUUUCCUUCAGAGGCAGAACUGUUCCACUUCCACAUCUAUGUUUACGACUCCUGUGAGGCUGACUAGUACCAUAAAGAUGAGAAGUUGGUAACAGGAUAUAAAAAGGGUGAAGGCAUACAUGAAGCCUUAUCUUACACGUUUGGCGUACAUGAAGUCUUUCUAGUAAUGGAUGCCUGUAUAUGAUGGCUCAGUUGAUUUCCUAUUAUGUAAUCCAUUAAUACCUUUUUCUAUUCUUGUAAAUAAAAUCAGCAUGUAGAGCAUGCAAUGUGAAGUGACAAGAGGUUUUGUCGUUCAAAUUUACCAGUUAUGUCAACAGAGCGAGCUGUACAGUACAUCGCAUAUUAAACCAGUAACAUAACAAUUUCAUUGCA